AGCAAUGAUACUGGACUUUAUUGACCUGUCCAGUGAUGAUGAUAAGGUGGUUGCACAAUAUGUUGACUUGACUAGUGACGAGGGCGAUUUUGAAAGAGAGCAUCUUGCUUAUGGACAAGGUGAUGCUGCUCAGGGCAUAACAUUUCUUAAACAGGAGUUCGUUGCAGAUGAUGGACAAGCUGAAGCUGCCCAGUGCACAGGGACAUUACAGAUGCAAGAACUUGGAGCAUAUGAUGGACAAGCCAAUGCUGCCCAGAGCACAAAUACUAUGCAAGAACUUACUGUAGAUGAUGGGCAAGGCGAUGCUGCCCAGGGCACAGCGACAUUACAGGUGCUGGCUCAGAAGACAAAGGAGGCAGAGAUCACGGAACAGAAUUUGCUGCCUCAAGCCAUCAAAAUCAAUGCAGAGCAUACUGAAUCUGUGCGCAAAGACCUUCUGAGAGUCCAUGAAAUGAGAGAUGGCUCCAUGACAGGUUGCCUCCACUCAGUUGGGUCUGAUCUUACUUGUACCUGGGAGCUUCCAGAGCUGCAGCAGAAUGUGUCCAUGCAGAGCGGCCAAGAAGCUGCGGCAGUGGACAAGGAUCCCAGGACUCCUACAAGUGUGCGUGAGCCGGCUGUGCCUGUUUGUUCCCUGGAGAGUGGAGUGCUUGAACAGGGAAUCAAAAAGUCCAUAACUGGUGCUGAUGAGAUGCAAUCUACCCAGGAUAAGUGCUCCAAUGGGGCUGCAACAAAGGGCAAAGGGAAGGGGACAGAGGUAGCUGUUGGUGAGUCAUCCAGUGGAGCUGGCAAAUGGGUGGUUAGUAAAACAGAGAGCGGUGCUGCAGUGACCGACCCUCUGCAGGCGGCUGGGCGUCUGGUGCAGCAGGCGAAGGCGGGCAACACCAGUGCCGGCAUGGUCGUGGAUGCUGUGUUGGAGCUGUUGGGUGACGCGUUGGGUGUGGCAUCUCCGCUGGCCGGGUCCUCGGACACGGCGGUGGUGAUGGCGCUGGGCGCCGUGUACAAGCAGCUGACAAUGAAGAGGCUCAACGAGGGAGUCGCAGUGGAGACGGCAAGGGACCUGUAG